AUGGACAAAAACAUAAUCACCGUACCACGGUCCGCAAAAUCAACGGUUGUGCGCCACCCUCCCGAAAUCCGCGAGCUUGCGCGACCGACAGAACGCCAUGCUCGUCGUCAGUCCUUUCGCUCCGCCGCCGGAACUAAACCUCCGCCGCCGAUGCGCUGUCGCCGGCGUCGGAUUCGGCCUCUGCGGCGAGCACUCCGUCGAAUUCCCCGAAUCAGACCUCUCCUGCGCCGUUUCCACGCCGAAAUUCGCCGCCGUAGGCGGCGACAGCCCUCGAUCCCCGCGCCGGCAUCUCCAUCUGUGGGUUCCGCCUUCGUGGUGACGGCGCGCGGGGAGAAUCGUCGUAAACCACGACGACGUCGUCGCCGUCCGUUCCUCGCACGGUUCCUGAUGCGAGACCUCCGUCUUGUUCGAUCUGGGGCGAAAGAGGUUCGAGAGGUUCCAGAACCUUCUGCCGUGCCUCCGCUUCUCGGCGGCAGCGCAUCCGUCGUCCGCGGCGGCGUCAACCUGCGGCGUGCCGAAGAAGAGUUCCUCUCGGUUGAGGUCGCAGUCGGAUUUCCGGUGCGCGACGUAGGGAGAUACCGAGCGCGGGAAAUUGAGCGGCGCUGGUUUCUCCUCCUCCGACUUGGUCUUGUGCUCGCGAUGAUGAGAUGCGUUUCCGCUGGAUUGGGCUUGGGCUUGGACCUGGGCUGCGAAGAUAGGCUGGAGACGUUCGCGGAGGCACGAAGCGCAAACGCCGAUGGUGCUGGUGAGGUCAGGCAAGUGCUUCUUACACCUCAUUGUGAAGAAGGAUCCGACGAAGAAUUUAAAGGAAAAGCUUUGUCUUGUUCUUGA